AUGUCCGCCCCCGCCGACUCGACUCGGGCCCCGUCAGCACCUGCAGGCGACACAGCGCCGCCUUCCAGCACUGCCACCGCACCGACAAAGCCCAAGCGCAGCCGCCAGAAGCGCCCGCCAGUCGCUGUCGACGGCGCCGCUCCCCCUCUCGCACCUCCCGUCCCCGACUUCCCCGCCGUCCUCAACGCGCCCAGCUACGCUGAGCAGCGCUCGCAGCGCGGCACAUGGCGCGGCCGCGGCCGCGGCGGCUUUGGCAACGGCGGCGACGCUCGACGAGGACGCGGCGGCGCAGCAGCAGCAGGCGGGCCGGGCGGGCACAGGGCGGCGCGCGGCAUGAGCACGUUCGCCGGCGGCCGCAUGGCUCGAGGAGGGCACCCGUCGAGCCCGCACAGCAGCGCGGGCGAGGACCUCGGCUCGAGGCUGUUCUCGCAGACGCCGUUCGGGCGCAGCACGCCCGUGUCGGCUCCCGUUGGCGGCGGCGGCGCGUCGGGCUCGGGCAGCUGGAGGGCGACUCACAGCGACUCGUCGGCGCAGUCGUCGGCGGUCGAGGGCGCGGGCGAGCCGGUCGGCGGGAUGACCGAGGGCGGGAAGAAGGGCGGCAAGGGCAAGGGCAAGAGCAAGGAGGAGACCAAGGCGGACAAGCUCCUCGAGGAGGCGGCGCUCAAGGACGGCGAGGAGGGCGGGCUGUCGACCGAGAUCAUGCGCCUGUACGAGCUUCAACGGCCCUCGCCUGCCGCCAUCGCCGCGCGAGAGCACCUCGUCGACGAGCUCACCGUCUGGCUCAACCAGGAGCGCUUCGGGUGGGGCCACCAGCACAACCCUCGCGCUGCGCCGCUCGAGGUCGUGCCGUUCGGCUCGAUCCGGUUCGGGCUCAGCACGGCGACGUCCGACCUCGACCUGUGCCUGCUCGACCCGUACCGGCCCAACGGCUUCGAGGAGAAGCACUUCUCGUCGUCGGGCCCGGCCAAGCCGCUCCCCGAGAUCUACAACAUGCACCGCAUCGCCGCUUCGCUCCGCCGCGCCAACUUGACCGACGUCACCUCGAUCGCCGACGCCGCCGUGCCCAUCUGCAAGUUCAAGGUGCUCAUCGACGGCCAUGUGAUCGAGGCCGACCUCAACACGAACGAGCGACUCGGCGUGUUCAACUCGCGGCUCAUCAACAGCUACUGCAACCUGCACCCGCUCGUGCGGCCCUUGAGCGUCUUCGUCAAGUUCUGGGCCAAGCAGCGCGGCCUCAACAACCCGUCGGGCUCGCCGACCACCUUCUCGUCGUACACCUACAUCCUCCUCGUCAUCUCGUACCUCCAGCACCUCGACCUCCUCCCGAACCUCCAGGACGCCGACCUCAUCGCCGAGACCGGCACCGCCCGCAACCGCUUCUUCUCGACGCCGAGGUCGCGCAUGGGCCGAGGCGCGUCCAAGCGCAACCGCAUCAUGCGCAGCGUCGGCUGGGACGUGUCGUUCGUGGAGUACGACGCCGCGCCCGAGGGCUAUGCGCCGCCCGAGGCCGACCUCGCCUCGCUCGCGCGCGGCUUCUUCCACUACUGGGCCGACGAGUUCGACAUGGACCGCGACAUCGUCAGCAUCUGGAACGGCCGUCAGCCUCUCGCGCGCGAGCACGCGUUCCAGAGCCAGGCCGACGCCAACCGCGAGAAGGAGGCGGCGCGCAAGGCGCUCGAGGCCGAGACGGGCGUCGAACACGCCGAGCGCGUCAGGCAGGACGCCGAGGACGACGCCGUCGCCGCGUUCGCGCAGGACGCAGACGAGGUGGCGCGCAGGGCCGACGCGCCGGCGCUCGACGCGGCGGUCGCCGAGUACGACGCCGGCCAGCAGGCUGCGGCCGCGGGCGAGGGCGACGCGCCGGGCAGGCCCGACUCGCGGUCGUCGAGCCCGCUCGAGUACACCGAGUACGAGGAGCCCGAGCGGUGGCGGGAGAACCUUCUCGUCGUGCAGGACCCGUUCAUCCUCACGCGCAACACGGCGGGCAACGUCCACCCGGACUGGGUCGACGAGCUUCGAGUGCAAAUGCGCCGUGCUCGCGACCUCAUCGACUCGGCGGCGCCCUUGUCGACCAUCUGCCUGUCCUGCACCGCCGACCCGACGUACCGCCCGAUCGCGUUUGCUCGCGCCGAGGUCGUCCGCCAGGAGCGUCGCGCCAAGAAGAACCAGCGGCUCGAGGCGGCCGUCAAGGCCAAGGAGGCGGCAAAGGCGCAGAACAAGGUGGCCAAGGCCGAGCGCCGGGCGACGAGGGCGGCAGAGGCGUCGGGACAGUCUGCUGGUGCGGGAGACGGUGCGCCGGCCGAGCAGCACGGCGUCGAGCGGGGCGAGGAGGGUCCGGCGAGCGGGACCGGUGCGGGCGAGGAGGUUCAGGAGCGGGAGCUGGCGGCGGCCGAGGUCGGCGCACCGCAGCAGGAGUCGUCGUCGUCGCAGUAGAGCGCGUGCAACUAUGGCCGUUCCUCGUC